AUGCAGGCAGCAUACAUCAACGAUGCAUCCACGCGUUCGGGAUCAAACAGCUCGGACCACACCAUGACUGCGAACACUCCUUCCCCAUAUUUUCUUCCGGAUGGUGAACCUAUAACACUGGUUCCGGACACACAGGGGCUUGACCAGAGUUCGUUGGAGGACAUCGAGGAUGAGGAUAUUUAUCGCGGGGAGGACUCUGCCCCACAGCGGCCACCAUCGCUCAUUUCCCUGGAUUCAUCUUCGUCCUCGUCUUCAUCCUCGUCCUCCUCGUCGGUCUUUGGCGGUCGCCUUGGAGCGCUUUCGGCUGUAGUAGAGCAUGCCAUCUCAACUUGGGCUCGGGCGUGGGCAUCCUCAUCAACGCUCUCAGAUUCCUCUUCAUCCUCGGACCGAUCCAUCGUCACAGUGGCCAGGUCUCAACCGUCCCGUCGACGCAAGAGACGACACAGUCUCGCGGAUAUUCAUAAUCAACGCUCAGAGCGCGAAAUAGCAGCUCGUCUUAGAGCCCGAGAGGAGUCACGCUACAUUCUCCGUGCCUUCGAUCUGUAUGUCCCCAGCUCGUUAGACUCCCGCGUCCCUUCGUCAGGGGACCUUACUUCUGGCAAAACCGAUCGAGGGUCACCAUUCUUACACACAGACUCCCUACCUCUUAUUAUUACUCAGCUUGGUACUGUCCUCAAGGAUGGUGAACGAGCUUGGCGGGCUCGAUCUGAGACAGCUGUUCCAGAGCCGAUUCAACCCAUGCCCUGUCUCCUACACCAUGACUACAUGAUGCCCCAAAACUUUGAGCAGCCCUGCCCGUCCGCGUAUCAGGACUCGUGUAAGUUACGGAAGAUCAAAAAAGGGAAACGAAGAGCCGCCGUAGCCACACCUGCUACGCGAGUCCAAAAAAUACCUCUCGUCGAUAACGGUAGGAGUGCCCCCCGGGAAGCCUGCAAGUCCCCUCUCAUUGAACCUGUUUUGCCAUACCCUAUUGAUCGUUGUCCCAUUCAGCUCCUGCAUUUGCAUCCUCUGACAUUGGAGGACAUCCUACAACAAGAUCCCCGCGAAAAGCUAGAGCUUUUCCCGAAGUUGGGAUAUUAUUUUAUUGUCUUUCGCGCUGUCGAGAGCCAGAAGACUCGUGAGCGACUACGUGCGCUUCGUUUGGCGCGACAAGGAGGCGAAACAUUAAUAGAUGAGGGUAUUGUUGGAGAAGUGAAUGUUUAUCUGGUCGUCUUCCGUGAAGGCAUCUGUUCGUUUCACUUUGGUGAUAUAGGAGAGCACACGGACCGCAUUCGUAAUAAAAUUAGCAAACUAUCAGAAAGUAUUAAUAUGACAUCUGACUGGAUCGCGCAUGGCAUCAUCGAUUCAAUUGUGGAUUCUUUCUUUCCCUUUCUGGAGGAGAUAGAGAAGGACGUCGUCGACAUUGAAACUCUAGUGGUCUCUGACCCCGUUCAUUUGAAUCGCACGAGCGAACACGCCGAGCCGCGUCCGCUCACACCCGAUCCUGCUGCUCUCGAGCAGGUAGUGUCUCAUGAACAGACACAAGAUUCCGAGAAGUACAGCACACCUACAUUACUGGAAAAAAUACCCGAACCAUCUAAAUCUGGACAACACAAGACGCGAUUCAUGCUUCCUUCGAAUUGGGCAAUCCACUACCGACGCUCUCGGCGCUUUUUGCGCCAGACGUAUGGGCAUUUCCGCGUUGUCUUCAAACAUACGCCUAUAGUCACGACUGCGAGCACAAUUCAACGCAUGACACGGACCAGGAGACUGGUGACAUCUCUCGCCCGGUUUUUGGCUCACAAAUCUGAAGUUAUCGCCCAGCUGCGGAAGCGGCUGCUAAGCGUAGGCGAGUGGGGGCUUGUAUAUGGGACAGACCAUGAUCAGGAUGUGUUUAUCUACAUGGGAGAUGUUCAAGAUCAUAUUCUGACCUUACAGCAGGCGCUAGCUCAUUACGAGCGCGUCCUAAGCCAGUCGCACCCCACCUACUUAUCACACCUCCGUCUUUCUGUUGCGAGGGCGCAGUCGGGGACAGAUGCUGCUCUUGUCACUUUGUCGACGGUCAGUCUGGGCGUGGUGUGUAUCCAGACGUUAAUUGGUUUAUUUUCCAUGAACGUCGCUGUGCCUAAAAAUUCUUAUCAGAGUGACCAAUAUUGGUGGUUUGCAAUUAUCAUCGCGCUUUCCAUUGCUAUCACUGUUGUCUAUGGCAUCUUCGUCCGAUAUUGGUGGAUUCAAGCCAAGGCCAAGAAGCGGUCCAAGAAUCUAUGA